AUGUGCUCGCCAGACGCCUUCCUGGCCAUCCUGGCCGUCCUCUUCCCGCCCAUCGCAGUCUGGAUCAAGGUCGGCGUCUGCUCUGCUGAUUCCCUUAUCAACAUCGCGCUUUGCUGCCUGGGAUACGUUCCCGGCCUGCUUCAUGCUUGGUAUAUCAUUCUCAAGUACCCCGAGGCGGACGACGAGUAUCCAGACGGGUACAGACCCAUCGUAGGACACGGACAGCGCGGAGACGCCGAGGGAGGCCGAGUCACAUACUACUACAUCGCCCAUGAGCAGGCUCAUCCUAACCAGCAGCAGCAGCAGCAGCAGCAGCAGCGCUCGUAUGGCACCAACGCGAACUCUGAGUCAAGAGCUGCGCCCCCACCCCCGGUUCCCCAGAAACCAAAUCCAUCUGGUGGUGCGCCGGACCAGGGAAGCAGCAGUAGGCCCGAGGGUGAACACAGAGCGCCGCCAACCUACGCUGAGGCCGUUAAAGGAGACAACAAAAUCCAAUCCUAA